AUGGAUGUAAUUUGUCAAUUUUGCAAUGCAAUGAAAUUCAAAGGAGAAUCUGCUGGUAUGUGUAUGUGUUGUUUAAAUGGAACUGUUCGUAUUCCUAAUAUCGAUGAACCACCAGAACCAAUGAAAACUCUUUUGGAAAGUUCAACAAGUAUUUCAGAACACUUUUUAGGAAAUAUUAAUAAAUAUAACAAUGCAUUUCAUAUGACCUAA